AAAAUCGUCCCCUUAAGAAACGAAAAGGUAACGAAGCCCGGCUUGCACUCUUUGUUUGCUUGUGUGCGCGCGCGUGUGUGUGUAUUUGUUGUAGCUUUGGCUUCGCGAGGGCGGGGCGAGAUCCGUUUCCCUUGAUCGGCUUUUUCUUUGUCGUUGUUUUGCGGCUCCGUUGGAUUGUGCCGUGUUGCAGCGAUGAGGGGUGCGGCAGUGCGCAAGGCGCGGCUCGCGAAACUUGUGGCGCAGCAGUAUUCGCAGCGCCAACUUCGCACGAGCGCGGUGAACCAUGCCGUGCCGAGAACGGAGUCCGCGCAGGCGUCCAGUUCUGGGGGAUUGUUGUCGAAGUUGCUCGGUGAGCGCCCCACCACGCCUGUGCCUGCAUUGUACGAGCCCCUGCAAGGCGUACACCUCCCCCCUGCCUUGCCUGAAGAUGUCAAGCCCAGUGAGACCAACGUCACAACCCUAACUAACGGGGUGAGGAUCGCGUCGCAGAACAUCGCUGGGCCUACGUCCACCAUUGGAAUCUACGUCGAUUCUGGGUCGAAGAAUGAGACUCCGUACUGCACUGGCUCGUCGCAUCUGUUGGAGCGGAUGGCCUUCAAGAGCACCGCCAAUCGCUCUCAUUUUCGUCUCGUGCGCGAGGUUGAAGCCAUUGGUGGGAAUGUCGUUGCCAAUGCGUCCCGGGAGUUGAUGUGUUACACUGGAGACGCGAUCAAGACAUUUAUGCCGGAGAUGGUUGAGCUUUUGGUCGACACUGUAAGGAACCCUCUGUUUAAUGAAUGGGAGGUGCAAGAGCAGCUAGCUAAGGUGAAAUCUGAGACAGCGGAGAUGUUGAACAAUCCGCAGGUUGCGAUUUAUGAGGCUAUACACUCGGCUGGAUAUGUCGGGGGUUUAGGUCAACCUCUCAUGGCUCCUGAGUCCUCCCUGGGGCGGUUGAAUGGUGGAGUUCUUCACGACUUUGUGAAGGAGAAUUAUACUGCACCUAGGAUUGUGGUGGCGGCUUCCGGUGUGGACCACGAAGAUCUGCUUUCUGUAGCAGAACCUUUGCUUGCUGAUCUCCCUUCUUUCGACCAGCCUAUUCCUGUGGAGACUCAUUAUGUAGGUGGUGACUGGCGCCAGUCUGUGGACUUUCCGUUAUCACACAUUGCUAUAGCAUUUGAAGUUCCUGGGGGAUGGAGAAACGAGAAGGAUUCAUAUGCAGUGACUGUCCUACAGCAGCUUCUUGGAGGAGGAGGGUCUUUCUCUGCGGGUGGUCCUGGAAAGGGAAUGUAUUCUCGAUUGUACACUGGGGUUCUGAACAAGUGGGAGCAGGUGCAGUCUUUCACUGCCUUCUCCAGCAUCUACAACGACACUGGUCUCUUUGGUAUCCAUGCCACUUCUUCUGGUGACUUCGUCCCCAAACUCGUGGACCUUGCAUGUGAACAAUUGACUCUUGUUGCAACUCCUGGUAAAGUGUCAGAGGCUGAAUUGCAACGUGCCAAAAAUAGCACCAUUUCUGCAGUUUUGAUGAACUUGGAGUCGCGAGCUGUUGUUACUGAAGACAUUGGCCGUCAAAUUUUGACUUACGGACACCGCAAGCCUGUGGCUGAGUUAAUCCAGGGUGUUCAAGCCUUGACAGUGCAAGACAUUGCUGAUGUCUCCAGCAGGGUUAUUACUACCCCACUCACGAUGGCCUCUUGGGGGGAUAUUGUUCGAGUACCUCGCUUUGAUGCAGUUGCUAGGGUUUUCCAGGUUUAGAUUAUAGAUUCGCCAUGUCUUUUUUUUGGUUUGGGCUAAAAAUAGAUUGAGCAAGUCAAUCACUUGAUCAUAUUCUGGUAAGCGAGCUGCCGAGUAAUAAAUCAGUGUGUACUUGCUGGACCUAGAUCCUUAUCCAGCUUCGUCUUCCCAGGAUUAUCAGGUUUCAAGUUUUACUAGAUUUACCCCUCCAAAUUAUUUCGUCACCUCUAGGAUUUCGACCGCUACAGUCAUCAAGGUCAAAUCCAAUUAAUAUUGAGUGUUUUAGCCGAGGAAUAAUGAAGUGAAUUUCAAACCUCAAAAGCAGACGAAGAGUCGUCCAAAAUGUAGAUGUUUUUGAAAAGAUUUAUUCAUAAUUUUGAUGAAAAUUACUCAGAAA